GGUAACUCUGUAUCUUUGUCUCCCCCUGACUGUCUUCUUCCCUCCCCAAAUGAGUUAGUUGCAGAAAGAAACAGAGAAUUAAAACUGAACCGGAGAGAGUUUCAAAAGAGAGACAGAGAAAGAGAAAACCCCAUCUUCUUCUACUUUGAGCUAAAACAGGUUAUGGGUUUUCCUGUUUUUCUCUUCUCUUUACUUGUUUUCUUAACGACUCCGAAAUGGGUCUCUGCAAGUACUGAGCUCAGAGCUCUCUUGGAUGUGAAAGCUGAGCUCGACCCAGAUGAUCAAUACCUGUCCUCUUGGUCAGCCGACGCCGACCCUUGUGAUGGUUCAUUUGAAGGAGUAGGCUGCAACGAGAAGGGACAAGUAGCUAACAUUUCGCUGCAGGGAAAAGGGCUCCCUGGUAAAGUCUCUCCCGCCAUUGCACGGCUCAAGCACUUGACAGGGCUCUAUUUGCAUUAUAACUCUCUGCACGGAGAAAUACCCGCAGAAAUAGCCAACCUGACAGAGCUCACCGAUCUUUACUUGAAUAUGAAUAAUCUGUCCGGCGAAAUUCCUCCCGAGACUGGGAACAUCGGUAGUUUGCAAGUGUUGCAGCUUUGUUAUAACCAGUUAACUGGAAGCAUACCCAACCAGCUGAGUUCUCUGAAGAAGCUUACAGUUCUAGCUCUUCAAUCUAAUCGCCUCCAUGGUGCAAUACCUGCUAGUUUAGGAGAUUUGAGUAUGCUAACGCGGCUAGAUUUGAGCUUUAAUAAGCUCUUUGGCUCCGUUCCCACGAAGCUGGCGGAGAUCCCUCUCCUUCAUGUUCUAGACAUCAGAAACAACUCUCUCUCAGGCAAUGUGCCUCAAGCUCUAAAGAGAUUGAAUCAAGGAUUCCUCUAUGAGAACAAUUUGGGUUUAUGUGGGGUUGGUUUUUCGACAUUGAAAAAUUGUAAUGCCACUGAUCAAGUCAAUUCAAACAGACCUGAACCCUUUGGUUCAGGUGGAACCGGUCUUCUAACAAGAGACAUUCCAGAAACUGCAGAUCUACGGUUGCCUUGCCAUGGAACUCAGUGCACACGUUCCUCAAAAUCACGACACGGGUCCAUUAUUGUUGGCAUUAUUGUCGUAACUGUUGCAUUAUCUGCUAUAGCAAUUCUGACAUUCACCCAAUACCGACGUCGGAAACAAAAGCUUGGGACCUCCUUUAGUAUGGUUGAUGACAAUAAUUGUACUGACCAAGGCAAGGGAGUUUACAGGAAGCAUGGUUCGCCUCUUGUUAGCCUUGAAUAUUCCCAUGGAUGGGACCCUCUUGCUGAUAGUAAAAAUUUCAAUUUGUUCACUCAAGAGGUAUUCGAGAACUUUAGAUUCAAUUUGGAAGAGGUAGAAACUGCUACCCAGUACUUCUCAGAGAUGAAUUUGUUGGGAAAAAGUAACUUUUCUGCUACAUAUAAAGGAAUUUUACGAGAUGGGUCUGUUGUUGCUGUUAAGAGCAUUGGUAAAACCAGCUGCAAGUCCGAAGAGGCUGAGUUCUUGCAGGGACUGAACAUUUUGACCUCGUUGAAGCAUGAGAAUUUGGUUAGGCUGAGAGGAUUUUGUUGUUCAAGGGGUCGCCGGGAGUGCUUUCUCAUUUAUGACUUUGUCCCCAAUGGGAAUUUGCUGCAGUAUCUGGAUGUGAAGGAGGGUGAUGGCCAUGUUCUUGAGUGGUCCACAAGGGUUUCAAUUGUGAAAGGAAUUGCAAAAGGUAUUGCAUACUUACACGGCUACAAAGUGAAUAAACCAGCUUUGGUUCACCAAAACAUUUCAGCCGAGAAGGUUCUGAUUGACCAACGAUACAAUCCGUUACUCUCAGAUUCCGGUCUUCAGAAUCUUCUUACCAAUGACAUUGUGUUCUCAACCCUGAAAUCCAGUGCUGCCAUGGGCUACCUGGCUCCUGAAUAUACCACCACAGGUCGCUUCACAGAGAAAAGCGAUGUCUACGCCUUUGGCGUGCUUGUCUUCCAAAUCCUUGCGGGGAAACGAAAGGUCUCUAACUUGGUACGUCUUGGAGCUGAGGCUUGCAGAUUCCAGGAUUACCUCGACCCAAACCUCCACAACAGGUUUUUCGAAUAUGAAGCCUCCAAGCUUGCGAGGAUUGCUUGGCUUUGCACUCACGAAUCUCCCAUUGAGAGACCAUCCAUGGAAGGAGUUGUUCAAGAACUGGGUAAUUGCAGUAGUUGUGUCUAAUAGAAUCGGCAUUAUUGUCAUUGGCUGAACCUCUCGAAAAAGCCGGUAAUAUGAUAAGCUGGAGAUGGAAUUGUAGCUAAACUAUUCCAUGGAUGUUGAAUGGAACAAUAGGAUUUCUCAUUGUUAUGUGCCUGUUUGCCCAAGAUCCUCCUCUAGCUGAGGACAAAGCACAGUCAGAAAUGGCCUGUAGUCCCCCGUCACCUUAUGGGACUUCAUGGGGGGAUUUUAGCUUGUAAUCACCUCAAGUUUUCAAUUGAUUUUGUGGCUAAGUUUCUGGAAACUCUUGAGAUUGCGGCAAAAUGGUUAUAAGAAUUUUACUUCAUAGAAGUCUA